CGCGCCCGCUGCCAGACAGAGGCAGGGAUGGCGAGCCGCGGAGCCGGGGUGGUGACGAGAGUAGCAGUUCCGCCAUUGGACGAGGAAGCCUGAGGGACGGGCCAACGUGGGGAGCAAGGAGAGACCAAGGCGGUGGCCCCAAGAGAGCCAGAGCAAUGGAGGCCAACAUACCAAAGCGGAAGGAGCCUGGCAAGUCCCUGCGUAUCAAAGUCAUCUCCAUGGGCAACGCCGAAGUGGGAAAAAGCUGUAUUAUAAAGCGAUACUGUGAGAAAAGAUUUGUGUCUAAAUACCUUGCAACAAUUGGAAUUGACUAUGGAGUCACAAAGGUACAAGUCAGAGACAGAGAAAUCAAAGUUAACAUCUUCGAUAUGGCGGGACAUCCCUUCUUCUACGAGGUUCGUAAUGAGUUUUACAAGGACACACAGGGUGUGAUACUGGUCUAUGAUGUUGGGCAGAAAGAUUCCUUUGAUGCCCUUGAUGCAUGGCUGGCAGAAAUGAAGCAAGAUCUUGGACCUCAUGGAAACAUGGAAAAUAUUGUAUUUGCAGUGUGUGCCAACAAGAUCGACUGUGCUAAGCACCGCUGUGUUGAUGAAAGUGAAGGACGUCUUUGGGCUGAAAGCAAAGGGUUCCUGUACUUCGAAACUUCGGCUCAAACUGGAGAAGGAAUCAGUGAGAUGUUCCAGACCUUUUAUGUAUCCAUAGUUGAUUUAUGUGAAAAUGGCGGGAAACGUCCUAUCACAAAUAACAGUGCUAGUUUCAGCAAAGAACAAGCAGACACCAUUCGCAGAAUUCGAAAUAGUAAAGAUAGUUGGGACAUGUUGGGAGUCAAACCUGGGGCCUCAAGAGAUGAAGUCAAUAAAGCAUAUCGGAAACUUGCUGUGCUGCUUCACCCUGACAAGUGUGUAGCACCUGGUAGUGAAGAUGCCUUCAAAGCCGUUGUGAAUGCCCGAACAGCCCUACUGAAAAACAUCAAAUAGAAAGUAGAAAAAAAAGACAAGUGUGGGCCUCAAGUCCAAACAGACUUUCCCUAGAGCUAUUCCAUAUUGAUCGCCAAGGAGCAUUCACCUUACCACCGGAGAAGAAAAACCACUUUCGUUUAAUUCAAGCCUACUGCAGUCUUCUGGACUCUUCCCUUCGUCAAGGCAGCUUUGCUUUGUGUGGCUGCCCUUGAGCUGCAUUGAGCUGGUUGUCAGAGCAUUGUUUUCUAGUAUGAAUUUUCAUCUCAGUGAUAUUGAAUGCUUUUUUUUUUUUUCUAUAAGUUGAGAUACGAGUAUGAUUUCUUGUGGGAUUUUCCUCUGGCCUUUUAAUUUUAACUAGCUCUGGGCCUGUAGAACUCCAGCCCAAAGUUCUUCGGGGCCUCAAUGUUGCUUAAGGCCUUCAUCGUGCCUGAAGUAAUUAAACAUAGAUCUGUUCUUACAGCAGGACUUAGGAGGGUCAUAUUUAUGAGGGCCUGUGCAUGGUGGUGUCAGCCCAAAUAGACAUGACAGGUCGCUGAGUAUGUGGCCCUGGGUAAAAACGGGUGCCAGUUUUCAUCAUUGUUGUUAAACACUAGAUUGGUCACCUUGUUCAACUUCAUGGUGCAGACGAGCAGUUAUAGCAGAGAGAGUUCUUUAGUGCUUCCAUUCAUAGCCUUAUAUAGUGAGUGACUUGUUGAAAUUUAGCCUGAUCUUGAGUCGUAGGUCUUGAGACUCAGUUCCCAGCACCUUGAUUGUUAACGUUAAGGAUGGCCAUGUACUACUUCAUUUAUGUAAAAGAAAGUUAAGCUUCAGGGUCCUAGAAUUUUUCUGAUUUCCAUAAUCCUUGAGUAGCAAGAAGUAAUGAAGCCUGAUCUGCAAUGAAAAGUAACUUCAUACAAAAUUUUACAGAC